CGUAGAGAGAGAAAAUCCGCCCUCUCUCUCUCUCUCUCUCUCUCUCUCUCUCUCUGUCUCUCGCUCUAUUGCACCACCCUCCUCCGCCCCCUCUCUCGUUCUUUCCUUCCUCUCAAUGGCAUAAAAACAUUCUGCAGUUCUUCAGAGAAAUAAUUUUCAAAAGCCCUACUGGUCCCGAUCUUCCAUCCUUCCUCGGUUUCCUCCGCCCCAGCCCCAUCACCCACCUCCACCGGCCCUAGGGCUUCUGAUCUCUUUCUCUCUUCCAGGUUCUCCUGUUUUCCUUGGAGAGAAACCGGCACUCUGGGCAUAUUAUGUGAGUAUUAGCAAUGGAUAUAUGGGAAUCUAUGCCGGCUGUAGUUUUAGAGACAGGCACAACCUGUAUCUUUGAAUUACCAUUUUUAGACUAUCCUGGUAGGGAUUCUUGAAGGUUGUAAGCUUCUACACAUUGACUGAUCAUGGUGCGGCUUCUUGGGUUAACAAGGGGAGAAUCAGAUGAGUCGCCUAAAGAGAUAACAAGGAUUCCAAGUGAGACUGGGGAGAGUGGUUGGCUCAUACGCUUCUUUGAUUCUGCCUUUUUCUGUGAGUGGAUUGCAGUCAGUUAUUUGUACAAGCAUGAUCACCCUGGUGUUCGAGAUUACCUUUGCAAUAGGAUGUAUACUUUGCCACUCUCAGGAAUUGAGAGUUACCUGUUUCAGAUCUGCUACAUGCUUGUGCAUAGGCCCAGUCCUUCUUUGGACAAAUUUGUCAUUGAUGUAUGCUCGAAAUCUCUUCAAAUUGCUUUGAAAGUUCAUUGGUUUUUGAUGGCUGAGCUUGAGGACACAGAUGAUAAUGAAGGGAUUAGUAGGAUCCAGGAGAAGUGUCAAAUGGCUGCUACUCUAAUGGGUGAUUGGCCUCCUCUUGUUCGGCCACAAAAUCCUCCUUCAAGUCCUGGCAGCAAAAACCGUGUGCUCAACAAAAUACUUUCUUCAAAGCAACGUUUGCUUUCUCUAACUUCUUCUCCUCCCACUUUGAGGUCCAUAUCUUUGCCAUCUCAUAGCCCUACGACUAAUAAUCCUUCUCCACAUGAAGAGAACAAGAACCCUACUGAUGAAUCGGAUACGUCUUUGAAAGUUUUGAAGAAAUUCAUGCCAGGACCAAAAGUGCGUGAUGCUUUAUUUUUUAGAAAGUCUGUUGAGAAAGAUGAAGAUGAUGUGGACAAAUCCAAGGAUGCUUCAAAGGAAAGUGAUCAGGAUAGCUUUUUUAAAAGACUUCUUAGUGUUAGUAAGGAUGAGGAUGAAAGGGCUGUACAUAGCGAAGAGUUAACUGCAAGUUCUGAGGGAUUCUUUAAGAGACUUUUUCGGGAUCGAAGCGAUGGUGAUGAUAAAGCAACAUUGCGAGCAGGUGAAGAGGAUGAAAAGGAUGGCUUCUUUCGUAGGCUUUUCAAGGAUAAAUUUGAUGACCAUGAAAAGAAAGAUGGGGAUGAUGAAGAUAAGGGGACUGGAAGUUAUGAUGAAGAAGAUUUUUUGCCAUUUCGUAGAUUGUUCCGUGUGCAUCCAGAAGAUGAGAAACCGGUCACCAAUAAUUCUGGUUCAUUUGAAAGUAGUCCAGGAUCUGAGAAUUUUUUCCGUAGAUUGUUUCGCGAUCGGGACCGAUCUGUGGAGGAUUCUGAAUUGUUUGGUUUGAAGAAACAGAAAGAGAAACGUCCAGGCUCACCAAGGCAGCGUAGUGACAAAGCUGCAAAACCUCCAUUGCCAAAUAAUAUCAUAUCUCAAUUACGGAAAGACACGUAUCAUGCUUCCUUGGACUUUGUUCUGUCACUCUGUGAGACCUCCUAUGGUUUAGUAGAUAUUUUCCCAAUGGAGGAUCGCAAACGUGCUCUCCGUGAGUCUCUUGUGGAGAUCAACUCACAUCUUGCUGCUGCUCGAAAUAGUGGAGGAGUUUGCUUUCCUAUGGGAAAAGGAAUGUAUCGUGUGGUUCAUAUUCCUGAAGAUGAAGCUGUUCUCUUGAAUUCCAGGGAAAAGGCUCCUUACCUGAUAUGCGUUGAGGUUUUGAAAGGUGAAAGUCCAAGCUCCAAAAAAGAUCAGUCUGAUACUCAAAAACUUUCAAGAGGAGGGAUUCCUUUAGCGAAUGGAGAUGCACAAUUACAGAAACCUCCUCCUUGGGCAUAUCCAUUACAGGAUGUUCAUCAUAAUGGUACUGAUCAGAUGUUGAGAUCUGCUUCCCAGGCUAUUGACCAGGCAAUGGCACAUUUAUGGGAGGCCAAAGUGAAGUUCGUUCAUGUGAGUCUUUCUCUCGAGAAGCAUACUCAAGAUCACACAAAGAAGGGUGAGGUUCAAGACACAGAAUGUAAUGGGCAAGAAGAUAAUGGGCAGCUCAUUUCAGUUUCUGGGCAUAGUCAUGUGUUCAAUGGCCAAAUAUCAAAGGAAAAGUCGAGGGCAGACCAAGAACCUGAGCUGGGCUGGGUGAAUGUCACCCUGACUGCAGUUCCAGGUGUUAAUAUGGAAGAUGUAGAGGAUCAGGAGCCUGUACGCCGCAAGGAUCAUCGGCGUGUUCCAAGCACAAUUGCGAUGGCAGAAGUAAAGGCUGCCGCAGAGAAAGGAGAGGCACCGCCUGGACUUCCUCUUAAAAGAGUUGGUGAUGAUUCAGCAGAUGCACAGUCAAAGGUUUCAAAUGGUGGUCUUCCAAAACCUACUGAUGCUUUGUCUGGUGAGCUUUGGGAGGUGAAGAAAGAGAGGAUACGGAACGCUUCCGUCUAUGGAAAAUCACCUGACUGGGAUCUCCGUUCUCUCAUAGUUAAGAGUGGUGAUGAUUGCCGGCAGGAGCAUCUUGCUGUACAACUAAUAUCUCACUUCUAUGAUAUUUAUCAAGAAGCUGGUUUGCCACUUUGGUUGCGGCCUUAUGAAGUCUUGGUUACUUCUUCCUACACUGCUUUAAUUGAGACAAUCCCAGAUACGGCUUCAUUGCAUGCCAUCAAAAGCAGGUUCCCUAAUGUCACCAGCUUGCGUGAUUUCUUUGUUGCAAAGUACCAAGAAAACUCCCCUAGUUUUAAGCUUGCGCAGAGAAACUUUGUGGAGAGUAUGGCCGGAUAUUCCAUAUUGUGCUACCUUUUGCAGGUGAAAGAUCGACAUAAUGGGAACCUCUUGAUGGAUGAAGAAGGGCAUAUUAUACACAUUGACUUUGGUUUCAUGCUGUCUAAUUCUCCUGGGAAUGUGAAUUUUGAAAGUGCACCAUUUAAGUUAACUCGUGAACUUCUUGAGGUGAUGGACUCUGAUGCAGAGGGUAUCCCUAGCGAGUUCUUUGACUAUUUUAAGGUGUUAUGUAUACAAGGAUUUCUGACUUGUCGAAAACAUGCUGAGCGUAUCAUACUACUAGUUGAAAUGCUGCAGGACUCGGGAUUCCCUUGUUUUAGGGGCGGACCACGAACAAUCCAGAACUUGAGGAAGCGGUUUCAUUUAAGCCUAACUGAAGAGCAAUGCGUGUCAUUGGUGCUUUCUCUGAUCAGUAGCAGUUUGGAUGCCUGGCGGACACGGCAGUACGACUAUUACCAACGUGUUUUAAAUGGAAUCUUAUGAUACAUAUCACCUCUCUUUAGUGACUUCAUUGGUCCUCUGUAUAUGUCGCCUGUGUUUGUUAUUGGUGGGUGCUGCUUUGGUCUUAACAAAAUGCUUCAGUGAAGCUUGUAUUCUAUCUUUGCGUGCUCAACUGGUGGAGUAGGCUCCCAUUGCAUGAGUUGAGGGUGGAAAGAGGCCCCAGUUUGAUUUGUGUGGUUUUGAUAUCAGAGACUCCGAAGGCUAUGCUGAUUGUGCUAGAGGCAACCACAUGAAGAGAUUGAGCGACAUAGAGAGAGAGAGAGAGAGAGAGAGAGAGAGAGAGAGAGAGAGAGAGAGAGAG